GAGCGGCCACUUUUGAUCAGGCGCGACGCGGACAGCUGCGUGCGGUCCUUCCUGGGCGGGGCGGGGCGGGGCGGGGCUUAGUCGCGGUGGCUUGUGGCUCCUUCCGCGCCGCUUCUCCCUUUCGCUCGGGCCCGUGCGAUCGGCAGGAUGGGCAAGUGUCGUGGUCUCCGUACUGCCAGGAAGCUGCGUAGCCACCGGCGGGACCAGAAGUGGCAUGAUAAGCAGUACAAGAAAGCCCAUCUGGGCACAGCCCUGAAGGCCAAUCCUUUUGGAGGUGCUUCCCAUGCCAAGGGGAUUGUGCUGGAAAAAGUAGGAGUUGAAGCCAAACAGCCAAAUUCUGCUAUCAGGAAGUGUGUCCGAGUUCAGCUGAUCAAGAAUGGCAAGAAAAUCACAGCCUUUGUGCCCAAUGAUGGUUGCUUGAAUUUCAUUGAGGAAAACGAUGAAGUUCUGGUUGCUGGAUUUGGUCGUAAAGGUCACGCUGUUGGUGACAUUCCUGGAGUCCGGUUUAAGGUCGUCAAAGUGGCUAAUGUCUCUCUCUUGGCUUUAUACAAAGGCAAGAAGGAAAGGCCAAGGUCCUAAGUUUGAUGGUGAAAGUGCAGUGGUAAUAAAUUUUCAUAAUACCAGA